AUGUUCGCUCAAAUGCUGUUUCCUAAUAUCUCGCAAAGCUUGGACGAGAAGGGUCUAGCGUCGUUUGCUCUCACCUCAACAGCCUAUGCUCGCAGUCCUGGAGACACAUUACAGCUCCAGCCUAAACGGCAAUGCACGCGAGGAGCAAACACUGAAGCUGCACAUCGCCGACUCACCCAAAGCAAGCAGGGUUUAGAGGAAGCUGCAGACCGACGAGGAGAUGCUGACCGCAUUGUGGCGGAGGCUCUGUUGGCCUCACGCAAAUCGGCUAUCCAGUACAAGGAACGCCUCAAGACAAACGGCAGUGACUUACUUGGCUCUAAGGGCAAAGUGACUGAUCUGACGGUUGCGAACGAUAUCCUCCAAGCCCGGCUGCGUCAAACCGAUAUAGACAGAACAAGAACGAUUCGAGAGCUUGCAGACGAACGGAGGUAUAGCGACCUUUCCGCUCUGCACACGCAGAUUCUGACAACCGCAUUCAGUCACAUGGGAGAAGUCAAGACAGCCAGGAUCUGGCUUGACAUUUUUACUGUUACCGACAAAAGACUAGUCACAAUACCGACAAAAGACUUGUCACUUGGAAUGUACCUGUACUUACAAGGGAUGGUGCAAGAGGCGCUGGUAGAGGGAGUGGAGUUGUCCAUCCGUGCGCUCAUCUGCCAACAGCGGGUUCGAGCUGCCCUCGAGAAAAAGCUCGCCUGCCUCGAGCGCCUCAUACCAUUCAUGGAUGUCAUCACCGCCAAGUCCGAUGACUCUCCCGCCACUACUAGUCAGGCUCCUCCUGCAAAGAAACAGAAGCCAACUGUGCCUGGAGAAACUGCUAGUGUGAUUACCCCACCAUCCAGAUACCAGGAACCAGCAUGGUUGUGGACGCCUCAACCAUACCCGUACCAGCCGUCUGUAGAUUCACCUGAGGACGAACCGACAACCCCACUACAGCAAUCUCCAGCCAGGCUACCAAAGCGACCACAGUCACUGCCGACUACUUCUUCCGCACCCAGUCUUGGGGGUCCAGUUCCACCGCAGCUACCGCAUUCACCGCAGCUACCGCAUUCACCGCAGCUACCGCAGCUACCGCGGAUGACCUUGCCUGCACCUGAUAUUGAGGGCUCAAUUCCGGCUUUGGUACCACCCACAAGAAACGAGAUCACCUUCAAAGUACCGGUGCAAACACUUCUCGAUCACUUCGAUCGACUCACAGAAGAAAUGGGCGCAACGCCUGAGCUGCUAAGAGCAGACAGGGCCCGAUUCACAGACCCGGCAGGACUCCCCUGGGCGUUCUUUUCCAUCUUCGUUCCAAGAUUAGCUUCCAGCAACGACCACCGCGGCACGUACUGCUACUCUACAGCGGUAUGGCCGUACCUGAAGCGCAACCACAUCACGUUCGAAAACCAAGUUGUCAGCCAAUUCUAUUUUCAGCAGGCGCAGCAGGCAUUCGACGAGGAGGAAACCGAGUCGCAGGAAGUAUCGGCAGAUGACAGAGACGACAAGCAUCGAAAGACCUGGGUGAAGCAAGUCCACGCCGCGAUGGAACUCGUCAAGGAGCAGGACGCUGAUGACCACACGCGAAAAGAGCUUUAUUUCAGGCUGAUGAAUGCGACCGAGCUGUACCUGAAGGUCCACGAGAACGAGGUUCGCUUCAAAUUUGCCCUUAGGGAUGACGAUGUCCUCAAAGAGAUGUUGAAGGACACUCCCAAUGUGCUUGCUUUGAGGGUUGUCGACGAGGGCGUCGAGGCAGUGGCCCACUGGUGGAAUUUAUCUAGCACCACCUUCUUUCACGACUGA